GAGCCCCAGUUAUUAUUGCACGAGUGCCCAACAACGAUCUCCGGUGAUAAUUGUUCGGAAACUUCCAUCUCCGGCGAAGAAAACGAUGAGGAAAUCUACAGAGAUUCCGGCGAAGGCCUCGGGUUUUGUUAAAUCGGAAGAGAAAACUGUGAAACCUCCUUUCAGACUUGCCGUCGAUGACACCAAACCUGUUCUUCAGGACCCGAUUCUGAGAUCGGACCCAAUGGAGACAGAAGAAGCUGUCCUGAGGCUGCCCUCUUUCCCGGUGAUGAGACCAUCUAAAUCGUAAAGAAGUUUCCAUCUGACUUGUAUUGUGAGUGCCGAGAAGAUGAUUUUAUCUCUGCUUGAUAAGCUUAGCUUAGAGUCCGUGUUAUUGAUUGAUGAUGGAGACAAUAGCUAGCCCAAAAGUGUUUCAGUAUUUGUAUCAGCAGCAGCAGCAGACCAGAGUGUGUUUUCAUUACAAGACUCUCUCAACCAUUCAUGGGGUUUGUUGAGGUUUUUUUUUUUUUUUUUUAAUUCAGACGCUGAGUGACUUGAAAGAGUUUAUAAAAGGUUUUCCUGUAA